GCGGCGGCUCCGCGCUGUUCUGCCCCCGCAACGGCUGCGGCUACUGCGGCUCCUGCUGCCGCCGCCGCCGCCGCUCGGCUUCGGGUACCUGCAUCCUCGGCCCGGGCCGGAUCCCCGCCCGGCGCUGAGCGCGGCCCCGCCAUGGUGUCCUGGAUCAUCUCUCGCCUGGUGGUGCUCAUCUUCGGCACCCUGUACCCGGCCUACUCCUCCUACAAGGCGGUGAAGACAAAGAACGUGAAGGAGUAUGUGAAGUGGAUGAUGUACUGGAUCGUCUUUGCUUUCUUCACCACAGCUGAGACCCUCACAGACAUCGUGCUGUCCUGGUUCCCCUUCUACUUUGAACUCAAGAUUGCCUUCGUGAUAUGGCUGCUGUCUCCUUAUACCAAGGGUUCCAGCGUGCUCUACCGCAAGUUCGUGCACCCGACCCUGUCCAACAAGGAGAAGGAAAUUGAUGAGUAUAUCACGCAGGCCCGAGACAAGAGCUACGAGACCAUGAUGAGGGUAGGCAAGAGGGGCCUGAACCUCGCCGCCAAUGCUGCGGUCACGGCUGCUACCAAGGGCCAGGGAGUGCUGUCAGAGAAGCUCAGGAGCUUCAGCAUGCAGGACCUGACCCUGAUCCGGGACGAAGAUGCCCUGCCCCUGCAGGGGCCCGAUGGCCGCCUCCGCCCAGGCCCUGGCAGCCUCCUGGAUACCAUCGAGGACUUAGGAGACGACCCUGCCCUGAGCAUAAGGCCCAGCACAAACCAGACUGAUUUCCGCACAGAGCCCUCUGAGGAGGACAUGGGAGACAAAGCCCCCAAGAGGGUCAAGUCCAUCAAAAAAGUGCCCAAGGCUGAGUCACCAUCUUCCAAGACCCUGAAGACAAGGCCCAAGAAAAAGCCUGUGGCUGGGGGCGAUUCAGCUUAAGCCCCUCUGCCCCCUCAUCUCUACCCCCAUGGGCUGCAGAGCCAGGAGGAAGCUAGGGGCCAUCUGAGCCCAACCCAGCCCCUUCUUCAUGCUGUGCCACCAGCCUGGGGUGUCUCAGCAUGGGGCCUGCCCAGUAAACACUCCUCUGGAGGGCAGGCCCUGUGCUGGGAGAUGAGGGUGAAGCCUGGCCCAGGGCCUGAGAACUGAGCCACCCAGGGAGAUGGGGGAAGGUUCCUCAACCUGUCCGGCCCUUCUCCCUCUGCCUACCCAGCCCUGUCCCUGCCCACCCAGUGCCUUGCUGAAGACCAUGGCCAUCCUCUCCUCUUAGGUCCCCACACGCGUCCACUGCUCUCUCUGAGUUGGAGGCAGCGUGGACCACAGCCCAGAUGGGCCAAGGCUGGGCCUGAAGGCACCUGUGAGAAAAGGGGGAUCCACUGGGACUGCCUCAGAGAGAGAUCAGGUCCUGGGGGGCCAGCAGGCCACUGUUACAACCAGAGGACAGUUGGAUUUAGUGUGGGCCAAAAUGGCCAGCAGGGCCGGGGCUACAGCCG